AUGUCAUCUUCUAGCUCUAGCAAAACGCCAGCCAUGGGAAUGGAGAAAAUUCCUGGCGAAGUGGAUGGGACUGAGAUGGAGACUCUUCCUAAUGAAAUGCUUGGGGAUCCUACUGAGUCCACUAGCGUGCAGGUUUUGUCGCGCCAGCUGGGUGGUAUGCAAGUGAUGAAAGAAUACCAAAACCAGCAGCAGGGGAUGACUGCGAACAUGAUCCAGUACCUUACCGCGCUCGGGUAUAAGGUGAUCAUUCCACGCAACAAACGGGAAAAAACGGAGGAAGAGGACUACCAUGAGGAUGUGAAGUACCACGAGAAGAAGGCGGCCCGGGUGAAAAAUCUAGCAAAGAAGAAGCAGAGCCUUGCCGACAAGACGACGAAAGCAAAACAGGCCCUGAUGAAUGAUCCACGCGUUCGCCGCUUGGUUGAUCCGAGUAUGCCCAUCCGUACCAGGGCAGUCCCAACGAAUGUGUUGGAUGUUGAUGGGUUUGAUUCCGCGCGUGGUCUUUCGAGUAACAUGUUUCUCAAAGGUGUCCUUGCUCUCGGGAAUGGUGGUAUAUAUUAUUUCUCAAACCAUUGUUUCCACAGGAUUAGGGUGCUUUGCUUGUAAGUAUUGUGGAUAAGGUAAACGUGUAUGAUAGGUAAAAUCCUGAAAUAUUGAAUAUUUGUUCUGCUUUUUGUAGGUAAGUUAUUUGAUUUAGCAUAAAUCAAAUAAGUAGCGCAACCUCCUUUAAAUAGCAUAUACCAUUCAUCUAGACGAAGCAAAAAAAAAUGGAUGGAGUUCGUAAAAAAUGCCGAUUGUGCCAGAGGUUACUUCAUCCGAGAGGACUUUUCAUGCAUGAACUCUAUUGCAAGAUGAAACCUGACUCGGAGAAGAACAAAGAGAAGAAGAGCGGUAAGAAUGAUUAGGAAUCUCAAAAGGAGAGUAGGUAACAAUCUUUAAACGGCGAUGGUUUAUCAGUAUCUUAAUCACUUACGUCCUGGUAGUGUUGUAAUUAAAUGGUAGCAUUUAAUUACUCACUAAGCCACUGACACAGGGCGGACG